CUGAUUUAUGGUUCGUUGUGUAACAAUGCAUGUUGUUGCAUAAGGCAACAAUAUUCAGUGUAAACUCCGCAACACACGGUGACAUCUUUCGUUUUGAGAACGUAACAGGAGGAGACAAUGGUGGAUAUAUUCGCCUUCAGUCCUACAACUGCGCUGUUGUUUGGAGCUGUGCUAGUUUUGUUAUGGCUGCUAACGCGGCGACCCUCAGGGCUCCCUCCCGGUCCCCCUCUCAUCCCGUUUGUUGGGAAUAUCCUGUCCAUGGACGCGGAUCCCCGCAUUGCGUUUAAGAAACUCAGGCAACAAUAUGGGGACAUCUUCAGUGUUUACGUGUUUAACAAACCUCUCAUCGUCCUCAACGGCUACAGCACUCUGAGAGACGCCUUUGUCAAGAACGCCGACGUUUUCUCUGACAGGCCACACUCAACGUUCAAUGACUACAUUCUGAAAGGGAAAGGUCUGUCCGGGACCUCUGGAGCGCUCUGGCGCGAACAAAGACGCUUCGCCCUCACCACUCUCAGGAAGUUUGGAGCGGGCAGGAACAUCAUGGAGGACAAAAUACACGAAGAGGUCACGAACUUUGUCGAGGCUUUGGAGACAGAACGAGGACAAGGGUUUGAAUGCAAACUUCUGGUGCAAAACGCAGUAUGCAAUGUCAUCUGUUCCACUAUGUUCAGCAAGCGAUUUGAAUAUACCGACCCGCUAUUCGUGAAAGCUUUGAAAGCUAUGGAUGAAUUUGUUGCCAACUUGGGUACUUCUGGUCUGUUGAAUGUGCUGCCUAUUGUGCGAUUUCUACCAGGGGAUCCAUUCAAAUUUAAGAAGACUGUUCAGAGUAGCCAAACCAUGGUUUCACUUCUCAUAGAGCCUAUGAUAAAGGAGCAUUUGCUGACCCACGACGGUAACGUUGACGACUUCAUCCACGCCUACAUCAAGGAAAUGCGACUACGGAAAGAAACGCAAGAGGAGACGACCUUAGACAUGGAGAACUUGGUCAGUGUUAUUGUAGACCUCUUUGGAGCCGGAACAGUAACCACAGCCACUAUCAUACUUUGGACACUGGUCUAUUUACUGCAUAACCCGGAUGUACAGGAAAAGUGUUUUCAGGAAAUCAAAGAAAACAUUGGCCAGAGCAGAUUGCCCUCCAUGAAGGACAAGAUCAACGUGCCCUACGUGGAGGCAACCAUUAUGGAAGUGUUGAGACGAGCUGAUAUCGCCCCCACAUCAGUCCCUCAUACCGUUCCCCAUGAUGUCCAGUUCGGGGGAUACACGUUCCCCAAAGGUGUCCCAGUCAUAGUGAUGCUUGAUUCGGUCCUACAAGACCCGGAUGUUUGGGGUGACCCCGAAAAUUUCCGACCGGACCGUUUCCUUGACGACACCGGCAAGAUUGUAAAGAAAGAAGAGUUCAUUCCGUUCUCUCUGGGUCGAAGGGUUUGUCUGGGUGAGUCGAUGGCCCGGAUGGAGUUGUUCCUCUUCCUGACCACCAUGAUCCAGAAGUUCAAGUUCGUCCCGGUGGAUGGUCAGAUGCCUUCCUUGGAUGCAAUCAUAGGCUCAACGUAUACUCCAAAACCAUUCCUCGUGAAAGCCAUUCCUAGGAUGUAAUCAUUUUAUGUUAAUGAGAGAGAAGGAUGAGAGAGAGAGAGAUUAAGAUAAGAGAUGGAGGGCCCAGAUCAUUUAUAAAUUAUAUUACAUCCCCGAAUACCAAUGACAGCUUACAUGCUUCUUUUUGCAUUUCGGAACAUACAUUUUUGCGUCAAGUAAGUCUAUGAGAAAAAACUAAAAUGCACAUCUUUCUCGUAUAAGCGUUUCACGGUGAAAAAGAAUGUCGCCGUCAGCAUGCUUAUUACAAGGUUUGUUUCUUUGGAAAGAUUAUUGCGUGAUGAGACUGUCACACAAAGUUUGUAAAGCAGAUCGAUAGUCCAGGUACAGAGAUUUCCAAAGUACAUCUUAAUUUUUUCUCUCGUUACCUCGAUUACUUUCUCAUAAGUGUAAUUAUUUAUCGUUUUGGCAUUAGCAAAUUCGUUUGGUUGUGUUUGAUUCUCAACCAUUUGGUAACUUUCUUCAGGGUAUGGACCUAACAUGGUGAAUUGUUAGUUUGGUUUUGCUGGUCAGAUUACAUGUGUACUGUAAUAUUGCAGACUACGAAACACCAAAGCAACAGCACUAUUUUUGUACAACUUUUCCUAUUUACUAAUUUAAAACCAAUGUAUUGUGAUAUGAGAUCAUGUGUUCGUAGCGGGAGCUGUGUAAGUGUUU